AUAAAACAGUUAAUAAAGUAAACGAUAAUGAUAUUCGAUCAGAAAUUCAAGAUAAAACAAUUAAUGAAAAUGAGGUUAGGACACCAGCUACAACUAUAGAACAAAAUCAAAUAAAUCAAAUAUCUAAUUUGAUAAUUCCCAAUACAAUUAAGCAUCCAAUAAAUCAAAUAUCAAAUUCGACAGAUUUGACAAUCCCUAAUACAAAUGAACAAAUCGCUAGCAGAGAAAGGCCUUUAAAAUGUAGAUAUGUAAGCAGCAUUAAGAGGGGACAAAUUCAUGGUAGAGAUUCAGCUUAUAGUAGAAGUUCAACUUGUAGUAGAAGUUUAAGUCGUGAUAAAAGUUCAACUCGUAGUGGAAGUUCAACUUGUGAUAGAAGUUCAACUUGUGGUGGAAGUUCAACUCGUGGGUUUUAUAAGUGUCACAUAUGUGGCCAAACUGGCCAUAAUUCAGCCUUUCAUAAAAAAAGAUAA